UUCACAAUGUGGAUGUUUAUGUAUACAAAUUUUCAUUUUCGUAAACGCAUCUUCACGAAGAUAACAUAAAAUUGUAUUAAAUUGAUUUAAAUAUAUUUACAAAUUAAAAAUGCAUAAAAUCCACGUACAUAUUUAUAUUCGUUUAUUUGUGUUUUCUCCAAGAAAUUCGAAAGCAACCAAAUAGAAAGCAUUUUUUGUCAAUGCAAGAAAUUACGAACAAAUAGAUAAUGUGUGUACUAAAAUAAUUUUUCUAGUCUUUUAAUUUAUAAAUCGCUUUCGUUAUUUCGAUAUGUACUUGGACCAUUGUCAACUUCUUUCACGCUUGUAUGAUCUGUGUAUGUAUAGAUGCAUGUGAUGAAAGCCGGACAUUUAAGAGGUUAGAACGAUAUGUAAGAAAAGUGAUUGUUUAGAUGGUUUUAAUGUUCAUUGUCCAUUUAACAACAUUAUAAGUGUGAACAACAAAAUGGGUGAAAUGAAAUUUAGUAACUAUGACGGAAUCAAAUCAGAACAGAAGUAUAAUAAUGUAGUAAAACAUAUACAGGAUAAAUGGAAACUGGUACCUGCUUUUCUGAAAGGGAAAGGCCUCGUAAAGCAACACAUAGAUUCUUUCAAUUAUUUUAUAAAUGUCGAAAUAAAGAAGAUUGUAAAAGCAAAUGAGAAGGUGUUAAGCGAUGCUGAUCCCCUGUUUUAUGUGAAGUAUCUGAAUGUCCAUGUUGGUACACCAGACGUAGAAGAAGGUUUCAACGUAACUCGAUCUACAACUCCACACGAAUGUCGUCUGAGGGAUUUAAAUUACUCUGCUCCGAUUACUGUAGAUAUUGAAUAUAUUAGAGGGCAUCAGCCAAUAAUUAGGAAUAAUUUAUUGAUUGGAAGAAUGCCCAUUAUGUUAAGAAGCUCAAAUUGUGUAUUAAAUGGAAAAUCCCAUUUUGAAUUAGCAAAAAUGAAUGAAUGUCCACAUGAUCCUGGUGGUUAUUUUGUAAUAAACGGACAGGAAAAAGUCAUCCUUAUACAAGAACAAAUGUUGAGAAACAGAAUUAUUUUAGAAGAAGAUAGCAAAGGCUGUAUUAUAGCAUCUUGUAAUAGUUCCACUCAUGAGAGGAAAACGAAAACGAAUAUUGUGGGUAGAGGAGGAAAAUAUUACAUGAGACACAAUAUUUUUCAGGAUGACAUACCUGUAACAAUAAUAUUUAAGGCAAUGGGAAUUGUCAGUGAUCAAGAGAUCAUGCAACUUAUUGGUACAGAGAAAGAAUUCAUGAAGAAAUUUGCAUCUAGUUUGGAAGAGUGCCAUACGUUAGAAGUCUUUGCUCAAAAUCAGGCACUUAGAUAUCUCAGUAAUAAACGAAAACAGAAAAGGUACUCGUUAAUCAAAUCUAGUAUCACAGACGAAAUGAAGGACAUAUUAGCAACUAAUGUUUUAUCACAUGUUCCGGUAAUAGAUUUUAAUUUUAAAGUGAAAGCUACAUAUAUUGCUUUAAUGAUUCGUAAAGUCAUGAAAGCACAAUCUGAUGGCAAGCUUGUAGAUGACAGAGAUUACUAUGGUAAUAAGCGAUUGGAAUUAGCUGGUUCUUUAUUGUCUUUGAUGUUUGAAGACCUGUUUAAAAGGUUCAAUUGGGAGUUGAAACAAAUUGCUGACAAGAACAUCCCGAAAAUUAAAGCUGCGCAGUUUGAUAUUGUAAAACACAUGAGACAAGAUCAAAUUACAAACGGACUAGCUUUCGCCAUAUCUUCGGGUAACUGGACCAUCAAACGAUUCAGAAUGGAACGUCACGGUGUGACUCAAGUGUUGUCCAGACUUUCUUACAUUUCCGCGCUUGGUAUGAUGACGAGAGUUAAUUCACAAUUCGAAAAAACAAGAAAAGUGUCGGGUCCACGAUCUUUGCAGCCAUCACAAUGGGGAAUGCUAUGUCCUAGCGAUACUCCUGAAGGAGAAGGUUGUGGUUUAGUUAAAAAUUUGGCUCUCAUGACGCAUAUUACCACGGAGCUCGAUGAAGAGCCAAUUGUGAGGUUGGCGUUCAAUUUAGGAGUGGAGAACGUUAAUAUCCUUGGCGGAGAAGAGAUCAAUAACAAAAGCGUUUACAUGGUGUUCUUAAACGGUAAUAUUCUGGGGAUAGUCAAGAAUUAUCAGAGGCUAGUAAAUGUAUUUCGGUUACUCCGCAGAAAUGGUCUCGUAAAUGGUUUCGUCUCUAUAUACACGCAACAUCAGCACAGAUGUAUCCAGAUCAGUUCCGAUGGGGGACGAUUAUGUAGACCAUACAUUAUCGUGAAAAAUGGACAACCUCUUAUACAAGAGGAACAUAUCAAAUUCCUUGAACAUGGUGUACGCAAUUUCGAAGAUUUCUUACAAGACGGUUUAAUCGAGUAUUUGGACGUCAACGAAGAAAACGACAGUUCUAUUGCAUUCAACGAAGCACACAUUAGCUACAAAACAACACACUUAGAAAUCGAACCAUUCACGUUGCUCGGAGUUUGUGCCGGAUUGGUACCAUAUCCUCAUCACAAUCAAAGUCCUCGAAACACAUAUCAGUGUGCUAUGGGUAAACAGGCUAUGGGAACUAUUGGUUAUAAUCAGCGCAAUCGUAUCGACACAUUGAUGUACAAUUUAGUAUAUCCUCAAGCACCUAUGGUUAAGUCUAGAACAAUAGAAUUAAUCAAUUUUGAUAAGCUACCGGCUGGUCAGAAUGCAACAGUAGCUGUUAUGUCCUACAGCGGUUAUGAUAUUGAGGACGCUCUUAUUUUAAAUAAGGCAUCUAUCGACAGAGGAUUCGGGAGGUGUUUGAUAUAUCGGAAUGCUAAGUGCACCUUGAAAAGAUAUGCCAAUCAAACGUAUGAUCGCAUAAUGGGUCCACUUCUAGAUUCAAACACAAAGAAACCUGUUUGGAGACACGACGUUAUUGAUAGUGAUGGAAUCGCUGCACCCGGUGAAAUGGUGGAGAACAGGAAGGUGAUGGUAAAUAAGUCGUCACCCUCUGCAAACAUCGGUCCAGUAAAUUCUGGCAAUGUGCAGGCACAAACAGAAUACAAAGAUGUUCCAGCUGUUUACAAAGCUCCAGUGCCUUCCUACGUUGAGAAGGUGAUGAUCUCCAGCAACGCGGAAGACGCGUUCUUAAUUAAACUAUUAUUAAGACAAACUCGUAGGCCGGAGAUUGGUGACAAAUUUAGUAGUCGACAUGGACAGAAGGGUGUGACCGGUUUAAUCGUGGAACAAGAAGAUAUGCCAUUUAACGAUUAUGGUAUAUGUCCUGACAUGAUCAUGAAUCCACAUGGUUUCCCUUCUCGUAUGACAGUUGGCAAACUGAUAGAAUUACUUGCUGGAAAAGCUGGAGUUGUGAAAGGACAAUUCCAUUAUGGCACAGCUUUCGGAGGUUCCAAAGUGGAAGAUGUUUGCCAAGAGUUGGUAAAACAUGGAUACAAUUAUUUGGGCAAGGACUUCUUUUACUCUGGGAUCACAGGGGAACCAUUGCAGGCAUAUAUCUAUUCUGGGCCAGUAUAUUAUCAGAAAUUGAAGCACAUGGUGCAAGAUAAAAUGCACGCUCGAGCUCGAGGUCCGAGAGCUGUGUUAACGCGACAGCCAACCGAAGGUCGCGCGAAGGAAGGAGGUUUGCGAUUAGGAGAAAUGGAACGUGAUUGUUUGAUUGGAUACGGUGCGAGCAUGAUGCUAAUAGAGAGACUUAUGAUAUCAAGCGAUGCAUUCGACGUAGACGUAUGCAACAAGUGUGGUCUUAUGGCGUAUAGUGGCUGGUGCCACAGUUGUCGCUCCAGUUCAUGUGUUUCCACGAUCUCUAUGCCUUAUGCCUGCAAGUUGCUUUUCCAAGAACUGCAGUCAAUGAACAUCGUACCCCGUUUGACAUUAAAAAAUUAUUGCGAGUAAAUUUUACGCAUAUAUGUACAUAUAUUUUUUGUAUGUGUAACAGCGAGUUAAUUUUUUUUACAAAAAGAAAUAUUACAACAAGAGUCAAUUAAGUGUCGGUUAAAGUGGUUUUGCAAGUAGAUGUACCACAGGAUUUUCAAUACAGUCCUUGCUUUGUAUUAAACGUAAUUCGAUUUUUCUGGCAAACUGUACGUCCUGAUCGCGGCACUCUAACGAAUAUUUAUAAAAGCAGUUAUUAGACUUUCAUACUUUUCCUUUGAAAAAAGUAAUUUAGACACUUUCAAUAAAACAAUACCUUGAAAAUGUUCGUAAGUCUUGAGCAAGACGCUGUGCAAAGAACCCACAGUUUUUUCAAUAGCAUCUUUUAUAUUGUCUUGCAAGUGCGUGUGUGCUAGAAACAGCGCGGCGAAAAGAUCUCCUGAUCCCGUAAAACUAGCUGGUAUUUUUGGAAUGUCGAUCUGCAUUACUUUAUUAUCUGAAAUCAAAUAGAAUCUGUUUGCAAGCAUUCAGUAUAGAUAAGGAAUUUUUAUACGUUUUGAACGUCACUUCUAUUAAUUUAUUACCCUUCACCGUGCUACAUAUUGCUGUUAAUUUAUUGUCAAUUUCUACUGAUGAAACAGCUACUAUUUGAGGACCUGCUUUAUGUAAUAUAUUUAUAGCAGUUUGUAUAUUUAGAAUAGUAUUGGUCUUGACAUCACUCAGCCACCUAAAAUUAUUAACAUUUUUACUAAUGUUCUUGUUUUCUUUGUAAUAAAAUUAUAAUAUGAUUAAUGUACUCUAAUUCAUAUUGAUUUGGCACUAUGAUAUCUGCCAGUGGUACUAUCUCUGUUUUAUAAAUUUCUUUUAGUUCUUCAGGAACAUACAUUUUUCCAUUAUCGCCCAUAACAGGAUCACAAACUUGAAUAAAAAGAUCCAUAUAUAGUA